CCUUCCCAGGUUGCCGCCGCGGGACCCUCCGGCGGGCGGGCGCUCGAGAGCCGCCGAGCGAGACGGCGGAGGCGGCCCAGGCGCCCGGGCCGUGCGGGUCGUCGCCCUUCUCCUCGGACGCCGCCGCCGCCGCGGCCCCCGGCGCGGUCGACAUGGCGGCCGUGCUGCAGCAAGUCCUGGAGCGCGCGGAGCUCAACAAGCUGCCCAAGGCCGUGCAGAGCAAACUGGAGAAGUUUCUCGCCGACCAGCAGUCGGAGAUCGACGGCCUGAAGGGGCGGCACGAGAAGUUCAAGGUGGAGAGCGAACAACAGUACUUUGAGAUAGAGAAGAGGCUGUCCCACAGUCAGGAGAGACUUGUGCAUGAGACCCGAGAGUGCCAGAGCCUAAGGACGGAGCUGGAGAAGCUGAACAAUCAACUGAAGGUACUGACUGAGAAAAACAAAGAGUUGGAAAGUGCUCAAGACCGCACUACUGCCAUUCAGAACCAACUUACAAGAACAAAGGAAGAAUUAGAAGCUGAGAAAAGAGACUUGAUUAGAACCAAUGAAAGACUAUCUCAAGAACUUGAAUAUUUAUCAGAGGACAUUAAACGUGUAAAUGAAAAACUGAAAGAAAGCAAUACUACAAAGGGUGAACUUCAGUUAAAAUUGGAUGAGCUUCAAGCUUCUGAUGUUUCUGUUAAGUAUCGGGAAAAGCGCUUGGAGCAAGAAAAGGAAUUGCUACAUAAUCAGAAUACAUGGCUAAAUACAGAGUUGAAAACCAAAACUGAUGAACUUCUGGCUCUUGGAAGAGAAAAAGGAAAUGAGAUUCUAGAGCUUAAGUGUAAUCUUGAAAAUAAAAAAGAGGAGGUUUCCAGGCUGGAAGAACAGAUGAAUGGCUUGAAAACAUCAAAUGAGCAUCUCCAAAAGCAUGUGGAAGAUCUGUUGACCAAAUCGAAAGAGGCCAAGGAACAACAGGCCAGCAUGGAAGAGAAAUUCCACAAUGAAUUAAAUGCUCACAUAAAACUCUCUAACCUAUACAAGAGUGCUGCUGAUGACUCAGAAGCAAAGAGCAAUGAACUAACCCGUGCGGUAGAUGAACUGCACAAACUUUUGAAAGAAGCGGGAGAAGCCAACAAAGCAAUACAAGAUCAUCUUCUAGAGGUGGAGGAAUCUAAAGAUCAAAUGGAAAAAGAACUGCUUGAGAAAAUAGGGAAAUUGGAGAAGGAACUGGAAAAUGCAAAUGACCUCCUGUCUGCCACAAAACGUAAAGGAGCUAUACUGUCUGAAGAAGAGCUUGCAGCCAUGUCUCCUACUGCAGCAGCCGUAGCUAAGAUAGUGAAACCUGGCAUGAAAUUAACUGAGCUGUAUAAUGCUUACGUGGAAGCUCAAGAUCAGUUGCUUUUGGAGAAACUAGAAAACAAAAGAAUUAAUAAGUAUCUAGAUGAAAUAGUGAAGGAAGUUGAAGCUAAAGCACCAAUUUUGAAACGCCAGCGUGAGGAGUAUGAACGUGCACAGAAGGCUGUGGCAAGUUUAUCUGUUAAGCUUGAACAAGCUAUGAAGGAGAUUCAACGAUUGCAGGAGGAUACUGAUAAGGCCAAUAAACAUUCAUCUGUACUUGAAAGAGACAAUCAAAGAAUGGAAAUACAAGUAAAAGAUCUUUCACAGCAGAUUAGAGUGCUUCUGAUGGAACUUGAAGAAGCAAGGGGCAACCAUGUGAUCCGUGAUGAGGAAGUGAGUUCUGCUGACAUAAGCAGUUCAUCAGAAGUGAUAUCACAGCACCUGGUGUCCUACAGAAACAUUGAAGAGCUCCAGCAGCAAAACCAGCGGCUCUUAGUGGCUCUUAGGGAACUUGGGGAAACCAGAGAAAGAGAAGAACAAGAAACUACGUCAUCCAAGAUCACUGAGCUUCAGCUCAGACUUGAGAGCUCCCUCACGGAGCUGGAGCAGCUCCGCGAGUCGCGACAGCAUCAGAUGCAGCUGGUCGAUUCCAUAGUUCGUCAGCGAGACAUGUACCGUAUUUUAUUGUCGCAGACAACAGGAGUUGUCAUUCCUUUACAAGCUUCCAGUUUGGAAGAUAUUUCUCUCAUGUCCACUCCGAAACGGUCAAGCACCUCACAGACUGUUUCUACUCCUGCUCCUGGGCCUGUUAUUGAAUCAACAGAGGCUAUAGAAGCCAAGGCUGCUCUCAAACAGUUGCAGGAAAUUUUUGAGAACUACAAAAAAGAAAAAGCAGAUAAUGAGAAAGUACAAAAUGAACAACUUGAGAAACUUCAAGAACAAGUUACAGAUUUGCGAUCACAAAACACCAAAAUUUCUACCCAGCUAGAUUUUGCUUCUAAACGUUAUGAAAUGCUACAAGAUAAUGUUGAAGGAUAUCGUCGAGAAAUAACAUCCCUCCAUGAGAGAAAUCAAAAACUCACUGCAACAACUCAAAAGCAGGAGCAGAUCAUCAAUACGAUGACUCAAGACUUGAGAGGAGCAAAUGAAAAGCUCGCUGUUGCAGAAGUAAGAGCAGAAAAUUUGAAGAAGGAAAAGGAAAUGCUUAAAUUAUCAGAAGUUCGUCUUUCCCAGCAAAGAGAGUCUCUGUUAGCUGAACAAAGAGGGCAAAACCUGCUGCUAACUAAUCUGCAGACAAUUCAGGGAAUACUAGAGCGAUCUGAAACAGAAACCAAACAAAGACUUAGUAACCAGAUUGAAAAACUCGAACAUGAGAUCUCUCAUCUAAAGAAGAAGUUAGAAAAUGAGGUGGAACAAAGGCAUACACUCACUAGGAAUCUAGAUGUUCAACUUUUAGAUACAAAGAGACAGUUGGAUACUGAGAUAAAUCUUCACCUGAACACAAAAGAGCUAUUAAAAAAUGCUCAGAAGGAAAUUGCUACAUUGAAACAGCACCUCAGUAACGUGGAAGUCCAGCUUGCUUCUCAGUCCUCACAGAGAACUGGUAAAGGUCAGUCUAGUGACAAAGAAGAUGUAGACGAUCUUCUAAGUCAGCUUAGGCAGGCAGAAGAGCAAUUGAAUGACUUGAAGGAGAGACUCAAAACAAGUGCAAGUAAUGUGGAACAGUAUCGAGCAAUGGUUACAAGUUUAGAAGAAUCCCUGAACAAGGAAAAGCAGGUGACAGAAGAAGUACGUAAGAACAUUGAAGUUCGUUUAAAAGAAUCAGCUGAGUUUCAGACACAGUUGGAAAAGAAGUUGAUGGAAGUAGAAAAGGAAAAACAAGAACUUCAGGAUGACAAGAGAAAAGCUAUAGAAAGCAUGGAACAACAGUUAUCUGAGUUGAAGAAAACACUUUCUAGUGUGCAGAAUGAAGUGCAGGAAGCUCUUCAGAGAGCCAGCACAGCUUUAAGUAAUGAACAGCAGGCCAGACGUGACUGCCAGGAGCAGGCCAAGAUGGCUGUGGAGGCCCAGAACAAGUACGAGAGAGAGCUCAUGCUGCAUGCCGCGGAUGUGGAGGCUCUGCAGGCUGCCAAGGAGCAAGUUUCAAAAAUGGCCUCAGCCCGUCAGCAUCUGGAAGAAACAACCCAGAAAGCGGAAUCACAGUUGCUGGAGUGUAAAGCAUCUUGGGAGGAGAGAGAGAGAAUGUUAAAGGAUGAAGUUUCUAAGUGCAUGUCUCGCUGUGAGGAUCUGGAGAAACAAAAUAGAUUACUUCAUGAUCAGAUUGAAAAUUUAAGUGACAAGGUUGUUGCCUCGAUGAAGGAGGGUGCACAGGGUCCAUUGAAUGUCUCUCUCAGUGAAGAAGGAAAAUCACAAGAGCAGAUUCUAGAAAUCCUCAGAUUUAUACGAAGAGAAAAAGAAAUUGCUGAAACUAGAUUUGAAGUGGCUCAGGUGGAAAGUCUACGUUAUCGACAAAGGGUUGAACUGUUAGAAAGAGAGCUGCAGGAACUGCAAGACAGUCUAAAUGCUGAGAGGGAGAAAGUCCAGGUGACUGCAAAAACGAUGGCUCAGCAUGAAGAACUGAUGAAGAAAACUGAAACGAUGAAUGUAGUUAUGGAGACCAAUAAGAUGCUACGAGAAGAAAAGGAGAGGCUAGAACAGGAUCUGCAGCAAAUGCAAGCAAAGGUGAGGAAACUUGAGCUAGAUAUUUUACCCUUACAAGAAGCAAAUGCCGAGCUCAGUGAGAAGAGUGGUAUGUUGCAGGCAGAGAAGAAGUUGUUGGAAGAGGACGUCAAACGUUGGAAAGCACGUAACCAGCAUCUAGUAAGUCAACAGAAAGAUCCAGAUACAGAAGAAUAUCGGAAGCUCCUUUCUGAAAAGGAAGUUCAUACUAAGCGUAUUCAACAGUUGACUGAAGAAGUUGGGAGACUGAAAGCUGAAAUUGCAAGAUCGAAUGCAUCCUUAACUAACAACCAGAAUUUAAUCCAGAGUCUGAAGGAGGAUUUAAAUAAAAUAAGAACUGAAAAGGAAACUAUUCAGAAGGAUUUAGAUGCCAAAAUAAUUGAUAUCCAAGAAAAAGUUAAAACUAUUACUCAAGUGAAGAAAAUUGGACGCAGAUAUAAGACUCAGUACGAAGAACUGAAAGCACAGCAGGAUAAGGUCAUGGAGACUUCAGCUCAGUCUUCUGGAGACCAUCAGGAACAGCAUGUCUCAAUGCAGGAAAUGCAGGAGCUCAAGGAAACCCUCAACCAAGCUGAAACAAAGUCAAAAUCACUUGAGAAUCAAGUAGAGAAUCUGCAGAAGACAUUAUCAGAAAAAGAGACAGAGGCAAGAAAUCUUCAGGAGCAGACUGUUCAGCUUCAGUCUGAACUGUCCCGACUCCGUCAGGAUCUUCAGGACAGAACCACACAGGAAGAGCAGCUCCGACAGCAGAUAACUGAAAAGGAAGAAAAAACAAGAAAGGCUAUUGUAGCAGCAAAAUCAAAAAUUGCACACUUAGCUGGUGUGAAAGAUCAGUUAACUAAAGAAAAUGAGGAACUUAAACAAAGGAAUGGAGCCUUAGAUCAGCAGAAAGAUGAAUUGGACGUUCGCAUGACUGCCCUUAAGUCCCAGUAUGAAGGUCGAAUUAGUCGCCUGGAAAGAGAACUCAGGGAGCAUCAGGAGAGACACCUUGAGCAGCGGGAUGAGCCUCAGGAACCCACUAAUAAGGUCCCAGAACAACAGAGGCAGAUCACAUUGAAAACGACUCCAGCUUCUGGCGAAAGAGGAAUUGCCAGCACGUCAGACCCACCAACAGCCAAUAUUAAGCCAACUCCUGUUGUGUCUACUCCAAGUAAAGUGACAGCUGCAGCUAUGGCUGGGAAUAAGUCAACACCCAGGGCUAGCAUCCGUCCAAUGGUCACACCUGCGACCGUCACAAACCCUACUACCACCCCAACAGCUACAGUGAUGCCCACCACACAGGUGGAAUCACAAGAAGCUAUGCAGUCAGAGGGGCCUGUUGAACAUGUUCCAGUAUUUGGCAGCACAAGUGGAUCUGUUCGUUCCACAAGCCCUAAUGUCCAGCCUUCCAUCUCUCAGCCCAUUUUAACUGUUCAGCAACAGACACAGGCUACAGCCUUCGUACAACCCACUCAACAGAGUCAUCCUCAAAUUGAACCUGCAAAUCAGGAGCUGUCUCCCAACAUAGUAGAGGUUGUUCAGAGUUCACCAGUUGAGCGGCCUUCUACUUCCACAGCAGUGUUUGGCACUGUUUCGGCCACUCCAAGUUCUUCUUUGCCAAAGCGCACACGUGAAGAAGAAGAGGAUAAUGCCAUAGAAGCACCAGACCAAGUCUCUGAUGAUACAGUAGAAAUGCCUCUUCCGAAGAAGCUGAAAAGCGUGACACCUGUGGGAACUGAGGAAGAAGCUAUGGCAGAAGAAAGUACUGAUGGGGAGGUAGAGCCACAAGUGUAUAACCAGGAUUCUCAAGAUUCCAUUGGAGAAGGAGUCACCCAGGGAGAUUAUACACCCAUGGAAGACAGCGAAGAAACCUCUCAAUCUCUCCAAAUAGAUCUGGGCCCACUUCAGACAGAUCAGCAGACAACUACUUCAUCCCAGGAUGGUCAAGGCAAAGGAGAUGAUGUCAUUGUAAUUGAUAGUGAUGAUGAAGAGGAGGAGGAGGAUGAAAAUGAUGGAGAACAUGAGGACUAUGAAGAGGAUGAGGAAGAUGAUGAUGAUGAUGAAGAUGACACAGGGAUGGGAGACGAGGGUGAAGAUAGUAAUGAAGGAACUGGUAGUGCAGACGGUAAUGACGGCUAUGAAGCUGAUGAUGCCGAGGGUGGUGAGGGGACUGAUCCGGGUACAGAAACAGAAGAAAGUAUGGGUGGAGGUGAGAGUAAUCAGAGAGCUGCUGAUUCUCAAAACAGCGGUGAUGGGAAUACAGGUCCGGCAGAGUCCUUUUCCCAGGAGAUUUCUAGAGAACAGCAGCCGUCAUCCGCAUCUGAAAGACAAGCCCCUCGAGCACCCCAGUCCCCACGACGCCCACCACACCCCCUCCCCCCUCGACUGACCAUUCAUGCUCCCCCACAGGAGCUGGGACCACCAGUCCAGAGAAUUCAGAUGACACGGAGGCAGUCUGUAGGGCGUGGGCUUCAGUUGACUCCAGGAAUAGGUGGCAUGCAGCAGCAUUUUUUUGACGACGAAGACAGAACUGUUCCAAGUACUCCAACUCUUGUGGUGCCACAUCGCACUGAUGGAUUUGCUGAAGCGAUUCAUUCCCCACAGGUUGCUGGUGUUCCUAGAUUCCGGUUUGGGCCACCUGAAGAUAUGCCACAAACAAGUUCUAGUCACUCCGAUCUUGGCCAGCUCGCUUCUCAAGGAGUUGUAACUUCUGUGAGCAUAAGGACUGGCUUUUACAUUUGUAUCCCUGCUCCUGGUGUGAUGUCACAUGUAGCAUGUGUUCAGGAGUAUAUGUUGCACCCAUCAGUAUACAUAGGCACUGCCAGCUGUUUUAAAGGUGAGAGAUGCAGCCUAUAGUUUGGUACUUAGAACAUUUCUAGUUCAACAUGUAAGACUGGUAGGAUUUUCUUCCCUUAAUAUUAUUCAUUUUAUUUUAUUUAUUUAAGGUUUAUUUGUUUUAUUUGAAAGGCAGAGAGAUAGAGAUACAUCUUCCAUCAGCUGGUUCAUUCCCCAAAUGCCACAAAAGCCGGAGCUGGGCUAGACUGAAGCCAAGAACCUCUUCCUGGUCUCCGACAUGAGUACAAGGGCCCAAAGACUUGGGCAAUUUUCUACUUCCUUCCCAGGCACAUUAGCAGGGAGCUGGAUCAGAAGUGGAACAGCUGGGAAGUGAACCGGCACCCAUAGGGGGUGCUGGCACUGCAGGUGGUGGUUGAACCCACUACUCCACAGCACCAGCCCCAGCAUUAUUCCAUUUAAAAAUAUGUGGAAUAAAAGGAUCCCUGAAUUAAGAAAGAGGAGUUGAUUAUUUGCAUAUGAAUGAUGCUGGUUGUGGAAUUGGUUACCUUUUAAUCCUCAGCUGGGGUUGAUAUAACCCUCUGUAUUUCUGUGAUGCUAACGUUCUGUGCGUUGAUUAUGCAUGAGAUUUAUAUAUAAAAUGCAUAUGUUUUACAUUAUCUCAAAAUGAAAGAUUAAUCUGCAUCCCUCAAUAAAUACAUGUGAUGUAAACUACUCCCAAUCAUUUGGGAUGCUAAUUCUAACAUAGCAAGCCUCUGUUAGUGUGAAAUUGGGAGUUAACUUUAUAUAAAAUUAAAAUGUUACAUGACUUUGUAUGUUAGGAUGAUUUCUUGGACUUGAGAUAUGGGCUUAAAUUGGAGUAUUACCAUUGAUUUUUUGUGACUUUAAGGAAAGUUAACUUUCUUAAGUUUCAGUUUUAUUACCAAAAGGGGGAAAUAAUAAUAUAUUGCAGUUUGAGUAAGAGGUAGAUUCUCACAUCAUACCUAGUUCGUAGUUACUCAAUAAAGUUAGCAUGUACGAAACUGCUGAGAGCAUCUUUAAUAAUUGCUUUUUGAAGAAUACGUGCUGGGGCCAGCGCCGUGGCGUAGCAGGUAAAGCUGCCACCCGCAGUGCCGGCAUUCCAUAUGAGCACCGGUUCAAGUCCCGGCUGCUCCACUUCCAAUCCAGCUCUCUGCUAUGGCCUGGGAAAGCAGUGGAAGAUGACCCAAGUCCUUGGGCCACUGCACCUACAUUGGAGACCUGGAAGAAGCUCCUGGCUUCGGAUCGGAUCGGUUCAGCACCAGCAUUUGUGGCCAUCUGGGGAGUGAACCAGCUGAUGGAGGAUCUCUCUCUCUCUCUCUUUCUUUCUCUCUCUCUCUCUGCCUCUGCCUCUCUGUAACUCUCUUUCAAAUUAAAAAAAAAUCUAAAAAAAAAAAAAAAAGAA